UCAAGUGAUAAGCUUUCGCUGGAUUGUUGAAGAUAGCGUCCUCAUAUAUCCCAGCUUUUCAGAGAGAACGAGAGAGAGAUGGCUAUAUUUUCCCUUAUUUCCAGCCCACCUCAAUCCAAUGGAUACCCAACUGCUUUGUUACACUCACAUUGCAAUGGCACUCCAUCCCCACAUGGAAAUUUCCUAAUACCCGUGAAAAGAAGAAAUAGACAAAGUUUGAGAGACACAAACUUCAGAGCAUGUUCGUAUCUGGGUGGUUCUAUGGAAGUGGUUCAGUCAAAUGGAAACAUUCCAACAAGUCCUCUCAGUUCAGAAGAGGUUAUUAAAGUCUUCACAAGCGGUGCAAUUGAUACCUCACAUGCUUCAUCACCACUGAUGCAAGGAUUGGUGCUGUUAGAUUUAGACCCUGCCACAGCAAAACUGGCGAUCAGCUUUCUUGGCCCCUUGUUAUCUGCAUUUGCCUUUAUGUUCAUUUUGAGAAUAGUCAUGUCCUGGUAUCCUAAGCUUCCAGUUGGGAAGUUCCCUUAUGUCAUAGCUUAUGCACCCACAGAGCCCUUUCUUGUCGCAACACGACAAUUGAUUCCUCCGCUCGCUGGAGUUGACGUGACUCCUGUCGUUUGGUUUGGAUUAGUCAGUUUCCUUAAUGAGAUUUUACUAGGCCCUCAAGGGCUGCUUGUCCUCCUAUCUCAAAAACAGGUUUAGCUCCUGCUGCAUUUUGCAAAAGUUCUUCUCCUUAGAAUUUUCCAUCACCAGCUCAGCUCCUUACUGGAGAACGGCAGGAAUAUAGAGAAAUCCAUUGGUCUUCUUGUUGUUCAAUUGCACAUAAAAUCUGUAUCUAUUAGUUGACAGCUCUGUCAUUCUGUAAUGUCCAGAUGAAAAUUAACUAGGAUCCCCAUUUUGUAUAAUUCGAGUCAGUGCAGGUUAAUAAAGAUUGUGGUUCAUCCAUUCA